AAAAGAUCCUUUUCUUUUCAGAAGCUCCAUUUUUUUCCACCCGCUCUUAAUCAUGAGAAUUCGGAGUCCUCUACUUCCAGUACUUCUGGUGUUCACAAUUCUGCAAUCAACCCUCCAUCCUUCUACCUGUCGGCAACUCAGCCUUGCUGCUCUCAGAGAAACACAGCAAAACCUGAGACUGAGAGCCAGGUUUCCUCAGCUGUUUUCAGAACAUUUUUCUGCUACUUCUCUCUCUGCAGUAUCAGAAAACAAGAAGUUCAGUUCAGCACACCGCGUUUCCCAUCAAACAGUCCCUGCAGGACCAAACCCGCUUCACAACUGAUCAAGAUCUUGGCUUCCCCCUCCUGCUCCAGUGUUCAUAUUUAAAUUUUCCUGGAAAAUGUAUUUUCUAUUUUCUUUUGAGAUGGUAGGGAGGAGAGCGCUUGGUUCUUGGGAAGAAAGGGCUACUGUUUAGAUCUUGAAGCAAAGUCUUUCUUUCCUGGAACCAAAAUGAUGUUGCUUGUACUCUAUAUAUAGAAGUGUAUAGGAUAUAUUUAUUAGUCUCCAGAUUUCAGAUUUAAGUAAUAAACUUGUAACGUUCUUGAAAGAGUCUGUUGUGUAAUCAUGAAUCAUUUCAUUUUGUUGUAGACGAUGUUAAAACCACUA